UUUCUUUUGAUUAAGGUUGGAGAAAACACACUGCCAAAUCUGGUUCCGCUUUUAACUGGUCUCCGUGUAUGGUCAAAUGAAGUACCAAUAAAGAAUUACCUCACUGAAAGUUUUGAUCCGCUUCCGUUUCUUUGGAGAAACUUUUCCGAACGAGGCUAUGCAACUGCUUUUGCCGAAGACAUGCCGAAUUUUGGCACUUUCACAUAUUAUGCAGGAGGAUUCCGAAAACAGCCGACUGAUCACUAUUUCAGACCAUUCUGGCUGGGCGUAAAUGAGUUAGAACAAGUGAAAAGCAAAUUGAGUCCAGUGUUCUUGUAUUUAGAGAAUAAAAAUGUCAAGAUUCAGAAGUCAUCAUCUUUGUGUUACAAGGAUAAAACUAAACAUACUGUACAAAUUGACUAUCUAAAACAGUUCAUUACAGCAUAUAAAGGGAAAAGAAAGUUCAUGUUUUCAUUUUUAGGAGAACUUAGUCACGAGUAUCCCAAUCUGCUUGCCAACGGUGAUGAUGAUUUUUUAGAUUUUUUCAAAUGGCUUAAAAGUGGAGGUCAUUUAGAGAACUCUGUUUUGAUAUUCUUUAGUGACCACGGUGCUAGGAUAGACGAAAUAAGAAACACUUUUGUGGGUCGAAUAGAGGUCAGGAUGCCACUUAUGCAUAUCUAUAUUCCAGAACACAUAAAAUCGAAAUAUCGUUUAUUGAAUGAAAGUUUAGUGACUAAUACAGAAAGAUUAUCGGUGCCUUUUGAUGUUCACCAGAUGAUAAUAGACGUGAUGACGAAAAAUUUCGAAAAUCCAUCAAAGUCUUACAUGGAAGGUCGUGUAAGAGGACACAGUUUAUUUCAUCCACUUCCACCGGAAAGAUCGUGUAGGGACGCAUGGGUUCCUGUCAAUUAUUGUGCCUGCUAUACAUCUUCUCCGAUCAAUAUUUCAAACAGUGCCACUGCAAAGUUGUUGGGAAAACAACUUGUAAAGGAUUUAAACAACAUUCUGUCCGCAGAACCAAACUGUUCUCAAUUGGCCUUACACAAAGUGCAGGAUUUACAGCAGGUGACAAAUGGACUGAAACAUUCCGGCACAGACAAUACUGGUAUAUCAUUUUUCCAGUUUUUCGAGCCAGAGAAAGACAAGAAACGUUAUGAUAUUUCUGUAGUUACAGUUCCUGGUUACGGAAUAUUUGAGGGAUCGUACCUGGUGGAAUCGGAGUCGAACAUAAACCUUUUAGGAGCAAUUGUAAGGGUUAACAGGUAUGGUGAUCAGCCCUGUACUUCUAACAAACAGAUUCGACCUUUGUGUUAUUGUAACAAACAGCAUUGAAUACAUUAACCAAUUUUUUAUACAUGUAUAUAUGAGCCGUGCCAUGACAAAACCAACAUAAUGGGUUUGCGACCAGCAUGGACCCAGACAAGCCUGCGCUUCCGCGCAGUCUGAUCAGGAUCCAUGCUGUUCGCUUACAAACCCUAUAGCAAGUAAAGAACAACAUGGAUCCUGAUCAGACCGCGCGGAUGAGCAGGCUGGUCUGGAUCCAUGCUGGUCGCAAACG